AUGGUCUCAUUGAAAAUAAAUAAAAUUUUGCUCCUGGUAUCAUUGUUAAAUGCAAUUGAGGCUUAUAGCAACAAUACAAUAUAUUCAAGUUUACACAAUAGUGGAACAGAGAGCACCCCCCCACAUUCAACAGACUCGAUAUCCAAUACCGGAUUUAGCAGCGAAGAAAAUGCAGUCACAUCAAGCCCUGAGACAACCACAUUGGCUGGCCAAUAUAGUGGAAGUGGAAGGGCAGUAGCAAAUGAAAAACAGCACACUAAUACGUUCAACGAGUAUGUUGGUACGUCGACGACAACACAAAAUUCUAAUGCGGUGUUAUCAGGGGAACAGUAUACGGAAGUUGCGACGCCUAGUAGUAGCACUGUAGCUACGCCUGCGCAAUCCUAUACUGACGCAUCACAAAUUUCACAAACACUUAGUCGAAAUUCGGAGUCUGUCCCAAAGUCAAAUGACGAUACAACCUUCUCGGAAUCCAUAGAUAGCAUAAUAAUAUCCACAUCAGAUGGUACAGCAGUACCGAGAGAGAUAGAUCCAAUAACAACCACAGCUUCUUCGUUUUCCAAAGGCGAAAGCACAUUACCUCAAAGUUCCGGUAUUAGUGGCAUGGCAAGGACUACACAAGCGGUAUCUGGAGUUUCACAACUUUCCAGCAUAACAACGGCUGCAACAACGGACAGUAUUAAAAGUGAAUUAAUGCAAACUGCACUUUCCAGCACAAUAUUAUCUGAAAGACCAACUGAAGAAGAAUAUGCCAUGAGCAAAUCGGAGCUCUCUGAAAACCGCGGCUCAAGUUUAACCGUCUACCCUGAAGGGAAAUCUAGCUCUCUCAUUGCUAGUCUUUUAUCCUCUUAUAGCCAAACAAAGUCCACUCAAACUUUCGACAGCAGUCAAGCGGCUGUUGGGGUAUCCCGGCCUUCUAGCAUAACACGAACUACAUCGAUCGAUAGUUUUAGUAGUGAAUCAAUGCACACACAACUUGACAACACAAUAUCAUCUGAAAUAUCAACGGGCAAACAUAGUACAAAUGAAUUCGAGCUUUCGGCACAUUAUGGCUGGGGUGAUAGCAACUAUCCUGAACAAGAGCUGAUUGUCGAUCGUCCAUUCACUUCUUCCACCACGAAAGCGUCCUCGGUGAUAAGUCAAAAUACAGGCCUUGUGUCUAAUUCAAUCACGAUAUCACCGAUAUCCACAACAAACUUUAUGGUCAGCAUUACAUCGAAUACUGCUAUUGUAACUUCAACUGCGAAUACAGUGCCGUUCACCUCUGUUCAUUCAACCUCUCCGUCCACUUAUGUGUCCCCUAUUCUUAACUCUUCUCCCUUCUCGUCUGCAUCUCUUUCCUCUCAGUUUGGCAUUGCUCCUUUUCCAUCUGCUUACCUUUCUUUCUCAUCAGAUUUUGUUUCCACCUCUUCUCAAACAUCCUCUCCAGCAGCUUCUGCUGCUGUGUCCUCUGUCUACACGUCUUCACCAGCAGCUUCUGUCGCACCUUCAUCUACGUCCACAAUAUCACCUACUUCCACGUCCUCCCCACAUGGGAUUGCUUCCUCUCCAGCAGCUUCUGCUCCUGUGUCCUCUGUCUACACGUCUUCACCAGCAGCUUCUGUCGCACCUUCAUCUACGUCCACAAUAUCACCUACUUCCACGUCCUCCCCACAUGGGAUUGCUUCCUCUCCAGCAGCUUCUGCUGCUGUGUCCUCUGUCUACACGUCUUCACCAGCAGCUUCUGUCGCACCUUCAUCUACGUCCACAAUAUCACCUACUUCCACGUCCUCCCCACAUGGGAUUGCUUCCUCUCCAGCAGCUUCUGCUGCUGUGUCCUCUGUCUACACGUCUUCACCAGCAGCUUCUGUCGCACCUUCAUCUACGUCCACAAUAUCACCUACUUCCACGUCCUCCCCACAUGGGAUUGCUUCCUCUCCAGCAGCUUCUGCUGCCAUGCCCUCAGUCUACACGUCUUCGCCACUAACUCAUGUUGCUGUAUCCUCAGUCUACACGUCUUCACCAGCAGCUUCUGUAGUACUUUCAUCUACGUCUACCAUAUCACCUACUUCCACGUCCUCCUCACAUAUGAUUGCUUCCUCCCCAGCAGCUUCUACUGCCGUGUCCUCCGUCUACACGUCUACGCCACUAACCUAUGUCGCCAUAUCAUCCAUUUCUACAUCCUCUCUAUACGAAUAUGCGCCUUCACCAUCUACUUCUUCCUCCACCUCUUCUACUUACGCAUACUUUUCAUCCGCUUACGCCCUUGAAUUUUCUUCUGAAGAGCAUUCAACAACAUCCGCGAUACCAGUAAUUCAAGUACAGAGUGCAUCUUCCGGUUUUACGGAUUCGCUACAGCAGACUUCCAUUGCAAUUCAAAGUUUAGCGUCUCAGGUCAUUUCUAAAAGCUCAACUUCAAAUGAUGAAACAUAUUCAAGUGCGUUUUCUGUUUUUAGCCCCUCAGCUUCGAAUUUGGUUGAAACUUCUCUGAUAAUUUUAUCAACUCCAAUAAGCCCAACGAACGCGGGCAACUCGCCUGAAAGUAGUUCACUUCAGAAGCAGCUUCCUAGUAGUACAAAAACUUCUUACGAUAUGGUCAGCCAGAAUACUGAGACCAGUGGCAGAUCCGCAGCAGUAUCAAAUUUUCUAUACAUAUCCUCUACAGUGAAAUCAGACAAUGAAAGGUUUUCGGCCAUUCCUAAAAAGACUACUACAAUUCCAAGUAGCGUAAAGGUAUCCUCUUUAUCUGCCUCAAGUUCUCGUCAUUCCGCGACUGGAAUACCAUUGAAUGUUAUUGACUCGUCAAAAAGCACAGGGUCAUAUACACCUUCAUUUUACUACUCAUCCUCUUCAAUAUCUUCAGUAAAACAUUCAAAAGAAACUAUACCUGCCAGUAAGUCUGUUUCAAACACACAAGAAAGAAUCACAAGUUUUACGCUAACAUCACGAUUAAAUAGUCAGGCUCAAAAAUCCGAAGUGAGAAGUGCUGUGAGUGCUCAACAAGAUUCCCAUUUUUCAUCUAGCUCAUCGCUUUCCGCAAAUACGAAGGUUAGUUCGAAAACUUCAUCCAAUAGGGUAUCGAAAACCAUAACCGAAAAUGGGGAGAAAACCAGCUUAACUACAAGAAAGACGCAAUAUAAAAGUUUGUCUGGAAGUAGUGGGUCAUAUUCUCGGUCAUUUACGAAGAUCUCAACUGGACUACUUACGACUGUAGUACAAACUCAGGCAAGUACUAAUCCAGAACUUACAGCCCCCGCCUCAUCUGCAUAUCCUACGGCUUCAUACCCCCCUCCAAAUAGUUACGCGUGGUUACCUACUGCUAUUAUAGUGGAAUCAUCCGAAACGGGGACAACUACAGCAUCAUUUAACCCAUCAAUCACUGGAUCGCUUCCCAACGCAAUCGAGCCGGCUGUUACUGUAUCGGAACCUACUAACCACACUUUAAUCACGAUCGGAUUCACGGCUGCUUUGAAUUAUGUAUUUUUGGUUCAAAAUCCAUUAUCUUCGGCUCAAAUUUUCAACUUUUUACCUCUCGUUUUGAAGUAUCCCUUUUUAAACACCUCAUCAGAACUGGAGAGUAGCACUGAUGGGUUAUCCAGUUUUGUUCUUUCAUACCAGUCUGGAAGUAGUACAACAACCCUUUCCCCAGAACCUAUGUCAUCAUUAUCAGUUGUGAAGAAAAAAAAGCAGAGAAAAAAUGCCACUAAGUCGACUGAGGACUCAUAUCUUCCACAAAUUGACACCUCCUCAAUAGCGGUGAAAAAGAUUGUUCCCAUGGUGGACUCUUCAAAAGCAUAUAUUAUAUCAGUUGCGGAGGUAUAUUUUCCAACAGAAGCCGUAGCAUAUCUUCAGAAGUUGAUAGUUGACGCAAAUUCGACUCUUUAUAAUAACCCUCAAACCCCGCUGCGAAGUUUAGCUGGCCUAAUAGAUAGCAGGAUCCCAUUAGGGGGUUUGACGUUGUAUGGCCCUGGGGAUGGAGGUUAUGUCCCUAGUUCAACCUCAUCGAGUGUCUCAGAUUCUUUGAAAGGAAAUUCGCAAGACAAAGUUGGAACUUACAAGUACGGAGCUUUGGACGAUUUUAUUAAUUCGUUCACAGACUCUGCGUCUGCAGGAAGUUACGCUGUAAAAAUCAUCAUCUUUUUGAUCAUAUUAACGAGUGGUGUACUCUUGUGGUUAUUACUUGCAUUUUUUGCUUUCCGUCAUAGAAAUAUAUUAUUGAAAAGACGUCCAAGGGACUGCAUCGAGAAAAGCCUCGGUAGUGAAAGGAAUCUUGAAAGUACUGAACUUUCCCGCUCAUCUUCUGGCAACCAAAUUUAUAAUGAAAAACCUCCAGAAUCUGAAGGUGAAAGCGUCCACUCAGCGGUAGAUGAUCAGUACAUUAUGACUGGCGAAAAUACAGUCUACAACAUCAUUCACGGAUUACAUUAUACCAUUAAUGAUGACGGUGACUUUUUGUACAGAGAUGCAGUGCCUAUUGAUUUUGAUCAAACAAAUGAGAACGAAGGUUCCGGAAUAGAUAGUAUCGUAAGAGAAUGCGUGUAUGACAAAAAUCAAGAUGCCACGGAAGCCUACUUGAAUGACGAAGAGUCCAUAUCGGGCAUUCUAGAUGUCGAUGACAACGGUGAUAUUCGAUUAUACGACAAUUAUUCCGACGAUGAAGAACCAAACAGUUUCCUCUUGCCAGACGAAGUCAUUGAAGAAUAUAACAAGAACCACUUAUGCAAAAUCAAACUUGAUGGGCUAGGCACUGGGUCAUGUACUACGGAUGAUCCCGACACCGGAAAUCUGGUUACGAAUGAGUUCUCUUCAGGCAGUCAGACAUGUUUGCCAAGUACUACCUAUACUACACCGCUUCAUACCAAUUCGAUUAAACUUCACACAUUACGCUACGCAGAAUCUCCACUACCAAAACCAAAUCAGGCUCUUUUCUCUAACCUUGAAGAUUUAGAAAUAGAGGACAUUGACGACAAUGGUAGUGUCUCCGACCUACAAAUCGAAGAGCUGGAUGCUUUAGAUGAGGAGCUUUACAAGAGAAUGUCCAAAGUCAUAAAACAACAGAACCAUUAA